UUAGGUACGUGAUUAAUGGUAUUAUUCAUUCGGAAAUCCAACCGUCGUCGAGAAUGUACCGUGUUUCGCUGUUCGUUCUAUUAUUGCCUUUAGUAACUGCCUUCAAUAUAUUCAGUGUUUGGAACACGGUUAUCAAUGGCAUUACAAGUUUUUUCGGUUACGAUUCGCAUGUAGACGCGCGAUUGAAUAUAAGCGAACUCGCCGCAAAAUACGGAUAUCCGUUCGAAGAGCACCGGGUGAAUACAGAGGACGGUUAUAUUCUGAAUUUACAUCGAAUAAAACACGGGAGAAGUGACGCUGUUCAGAGGAGGUCCGUUGUAUUUUUGAUGCACGGAAUUUUAGACAGCUCAGACGGUUGGGUAUUGCAAGGACCGGAUUCAGCGUUGGCCUAUAUCCUAGCGGAUAGCGGCUUCGAUGUAUGGAUGGGAAACGCCAGAGGCAACAAACACUCCUUGAAGCACGCGUCCUUAAAACCCGACGAUCAACGCUUUUGGGAUUUCACUUGGGAAGAGAUUGGCCUUUACGAUUUACCGGCGUCUAUCGACUACAUACUAAACGCGACGGCUGAAACCGAUCUAUACUACGUCGGAUACUCUCAAGGUACCACGUGUUAUUACGUCAUGACCUCAAUGAAGCCCGAAUACAAUAACAAAAUCAAGAUGAUGUUCUCGUUGGCUCCGGUCGCUUGGCUGGAGCACGCCAAGAGUCCUUUGGUACAAAUAUUUUCGCCCGCAAACGAAAUACUCGGGUACGCUUUGGCGUCGCUAAACGCACACGUGCCGAGUGCGGACUCGCUCAACAAGCUAUCGAUGUUAGUCUGCGUGCUGUCGCCGGUGCGAUGCGACAAUUUCUUGUCCAACACUUUAGGUUACAGUUCUAAUGUAGACGAAGAACUGAUUCCAGUUAUAUUGGGACACGCGCCUACAGGGUGUUCGACGUUGCAGUUCGUGCACUACGGACAGUUGGCGGCGUCGGGUAGGUUCGGCAGAUACGACCACGGCAGGGAGCGGAACUUGAAGGUCUACGGGCAGGAAACGGCUCCGGACUACGCAUGCGCCAACAUCAAGUCCCCGGUCGUGUUGUUCCACAGCGGAGAGGAUUGGUUCUCCGAUAAAAUAGACGUCGAGAGACUAAAGGAUUGUCUGCCGAACGUUCGAGAAACCGUUUACAUUGAAGACCUGAGUCACAUCGAUUUUGUUUACGCGAAAAUUAGUAGGCACGCCGUCUACGACAAAAUUGUAUCGAUCAUAGACAACUUCGAAUUUGAAAAUGGUUUAAAGAUAACGAGUAAAUCGAUGCGAUAUAAUUUUUUUACUAAAUAAAAAUUAAUUUCAAUAAAUUUAGUGUAAUAUAUUGAACAUAUUGAAGUACUUUUAUUUAAACACAUACUAUAUAAUUAAUUUGACAUGGUUAACUGUCAGCGGCUUAUUGGUGUAUAAUAAAAUCAUGAUUAUAUCAAGUUCUGUCACGGCUCACAAAAUGUAAAUUUUUUUAAUUUUAACAAACAAAUAAAAUACAAAAAAAAAAACACCUGUAGCACUCGGGGAGUGGCACAGUAAAGCUAUUGCAUAGGAUUUUUUAUCAACUUAUGCAAUUAUAAUUAAAUAUGCAAUUUCGAAAAGGGCACAUCUCUGAAAA